CUGGUUGUGUUGACGGUGAAAAACAAAGUGUUGUUCCGUCUUGGCUCACGCUGGUUCGGUUCCGACUGCGGUCCCCGUGUCUUUAUUUUCAGAGAUGAUUCCGUAACAGGCGCAACAGAAACCCCCUCGGUCACAGAAUCUCACGCGUUUCGUUUGGCGUCAUGAAAUGGAGCAGGACACCGACAGCGACGCAUAGUAGCCGUGCUAUGUUGAAUACAAACCGGAAGUUAGAUGUAAGAAACGCGAGACAGAAACGGAAGCCGAGAGGUGAAGUAUUCGAAGUGUAUUAGCGUCGACGGAGUGAGUAUUGUUCCGUCGGAGAAAUGGACACACGUCGUCACGUUGCACCGUGCGGACGGAGACAUCGAGGAGAAUGACGAGCGCUCUCCGACAGGUCGACUCUCACCGUCCGCGGACGUUAGCGCGAAGCUCCAUCCACCUCCCGGGGACAGAAUGAGUCCAGUGCGACGUGUGUUCCCGAGCCAUGUAUCCGACAAGUAAAGACAUGGAGACGGUCCACAGUGGGACCGGUGUGUUCUACCAGGCGAUGCCUGCGGUUGCAGCGGAUGGAAAGAACAUCAUGAAGCUGAUUCCUGUUCAACUGCUCAACGGGGAAUUUGUCCAUUAUCAAAUAAGCAAACCUCGAUUGGAUUCUGUUCCACAGACGGCUGUAAAUACUCCCCCGGCACCAGUUCGGAGAAACACAGCUGUGACUCGACAGAAGAAGAUGAAGCAGGUGACCUUUGAGAAUGUUUCGCCUAGUCCAGUAGCAAUGGAUCCUAGUAGUUCACACAAUAAGCAUCCAACACAGCAACAAACUGCAAGUUUAAUGUCCCAAGUGCCAAUGACCGCAACACCUGCAACAGACUGCGGGAAGUCGAUCAGAGUUCCAUGUCAGCUUCCAGUGACGGUGAAAUCUCCAGCACUCCCCAGAGGACAUUACCUCCAAAUUCCCGCUAACGCACAAGUCAGAACGGUGCCAGCAUCUGCGCUCCCUGCGGGUAUCAAGAAACAGAUUUUUAAUUCAUCAUCCGACUCCGCCGCGGGAUCAGGUGCGCCCAACGCGGUCUACGUGUCACCGGUCACUACCGUGAAUCAAGGCGCUGCUCCACAAUGUGACUCUGCACUUCACUCACAUAGAGCGCUUUCUAAGUCAGCGACUCGGACUCCAGGUGGACCCGCCACAUCAACCGGGACAAAGGCACGUCUGAAACUGAUUCCGAAGGCUUCACAAAGGCCAAACAGCCCCAUAAAGUGGGUGAUUGAAGAAGAGGACAGCUCGACCGCUGGAAGUCUGAAUCCUGCUACUUCACACGGUCUUCACACUGUGGCAGGGAAAGAAAAUGGCGGCCUGCGCUGUGACGUCUCCGAGUCAAAUCGGGGCAAAAGUGGACAAGGACAGGACAAUGCCUUGAUCAUGUGCAACGGGAAGGUCUUUUUUGUGGGCAAAAAAUGCAGUCUACCGCCUACAAAUAGACAAAGCGACUCGCCCGCGACGGCAACAAAAUCCAAUGAAACAGCUAAACGCGUGGGGCCCGACACAGCUCCGACACAGCAGGACACCAGCAUCAUCAUUCAGGACGAGCCGGACGAGGUGAUCGACCUCUGUGACGAUGAUGCUUGGGAUGACUCGUCGCAACAUGAAGCGGCAGUACGUUUAUCGGCCAGCUCUCAUCAGGAUGACGACAAUGUCAUAUUCGUGUCUUAUAUUCCACCCACAUCUGAGGCCGCGGCGUCACGGGACUCGAGCGUGAAAACACAAGCGACACAAGAGGAGAGGAGAGACGGGACGGGCACGAGCACGAGCAGCUCGGACAGUGUGACGGAAGAGAGAGCUGACGACGAGGGCGAGGAUGAAGGCUCCGCCCUUACAGGAAGAAGACCCGAUGCGGUUGACAAUGUCCCACGUGUUUGUGGCUCAGAGGGGACGGCCGUGCGUGACACCGAGGGCUCAGACGUGGAGAGUCUGCGGGAUACCGUGAGCCGGCAGGCGGAGGGAACGGGAGUGGAGGCAGCGGCUGGAAGUCCAGCAGAUCGCAGCAGCUCCGACGGCAGCGGCAGCAGCGCGGCAUGCUCUCUCAAACGGGAGGGUUCUCCACACCCUGAGCCACGCGGCACAUCUCCACCGGCGCCGCGGCCCGGUGACGUGGCCGACCCGCAGCUGAGGCAGACAUUCGGGAUCACGGCUGAUGUGAGGAUUUGUCUGCAGAGGAUUGACGAAGCGUCAGCGGGGCACGUCUCUGCGCGGCUUCUGAUGAGAGAGUCCACAAGCUCCGCAGAGGAUGAUCGGGAACCGGCGAACGGGUCGAAGGAAAGAGAAGUCGACGCCUGCAGUAGUUCCAUCAGUGUCAAAAGAGUGAAAGUACAGACUGAACAGGAAGCGUCGACAGAAGCUGCCCACACGGACGUCACACCUCUCAAAUAUGCCCUUUUCAAACUGAACACAAAACCUCUCCCCAAGUGCCUUUCGGGUCAAAGUUCACUCAAGGGAGCUUCAUCCGAUGUCGAGAACACGCCUGUGAUUGGCUACGUAGAACCAAUAGAUGAGGAUUUCCUCAGUGCGGACGAGGCGGAGGACGCAGCGGCCCAGAGUCCGACUCAGUGUGCGGAUCUGAAUACAAACAGGAGACGAAUGGGAAGGAUGAGGAAACGCACCACGUGUCCAUGCUGCGUCCCCGGUAACCUGCAGCCUGGGGUAAAAUCCAGCUCCAGGUGGGAGGAGCCAGAGAGGUGGACGUGCCGGACAGAGCGCACGAGUAGGAGAGGGACACGGACAAAGGCUGCUAGGAAAGUGUGUCCGGCUGGUGGCGGAUUGUCCACAGCAUCCGAGGACGGUGACAAGCUACAGAGAGACAGACCAAUCACGAGACUGAAAGAGCUUCUGAAAGAGAAGGAGGCAACUUUAGAACUUAUGGAAAAGUCUCACAUAUGACACGAUAAUAAUUUUAGUUAUUUUUGACAUUAUUUUUAAUAUAUUACCAGUUUUACUUUUACAACUCUUUUGAUACUGAUGUCAUGAACGUCAUCACAGUUCAACUAAAGUCAAUUUGUCAACUUUCCCUUUUCAUAACGUCCACCUGUUUAACGUCAUCGGCCUCGCAAAUGUUCAACAGUGGUUUUUUUUUGUUCUUGUUAUCAUUUUCUCGUUCUUAAUAAUCACUACUUUAAAUGUUUACCAAAAAAAACUGCAGAGCAUAUAGAGUUGAUACAGUUGAUGCUCCUACACACACACUGCGGUGCAGCAGGCCCAGCACUCACUUUGUUCUCCUGUUCUGACAUUUUGUUUAUUGUAGCAUGAAACCUUGUGGGGUGUCUCGUCCUCAUAGGACAGAGCGCUCAUGCACUUUCUUUCUGAUAAUGUUUUGUCAGGUAACCUCAGAAAUGUCGAGAGUAGAAGUGGCUUCAGAGGCAGCAGGAGAGGAGCUGUUCAGCGGGGCUGCAUGGGAAACAGACGCAGUGUCAACGAGUGCUAAAACAAAAAUGUGACUGAGGCCACAAGCUUCUGCCUUUGAAAAUGUGAAGUUUGUUGAAUGUGUCCGUGGCACAAAAGUGAAACAAUCCUCCCAACCACUGCGACUCAUACUGUACCUCCAUCACUGCUGUCACCUGACUAACCUGUAGCACCAAAAUGUGUCCAGUAGUGCAUUGAAAACAUUUCAAUUUAAAGAUUGUGCAGAUAAAAAACACUGAAAAAACUAUCAAGUGGCCCUUUAGUUAAGAUGAUUAUAUCGCACAUGCAGUAGUGGUUGUGAGGUCAGGACAGAAAGAAUGAUGACUCGUCAGUAGGCUACAGGAGAAGUACACAGGACCACUGACUUCCUCCUGAACAAAGCACUUUCAAUGUGCUAACAGAUUCAUAUUUUAUAUUCUAGCAUUUGGCUUAAAAGGGGUUUAUUAAAUAUAAUGGCACGCUGGGAAAUACUGUGCUUGCAGACAGUGGAAAUGAUUAUACAUUUGUCGGAUGGAGACGCCUUGUUAAUUAUGUUUUUUAGCGUUGCAGCCUGAGAAAGGCGAUGUUCAGUUCAGUUGUAUCACUGUUUCCAAUCAACACAUUUAAGAAAAGCACGAUUUUUGUAAAGCUAUUGUUUCGAGUUUCUAAGGAAAAGUUGCUGGGGGGUAUUGUUUUCCGACCCGUCCUUUUGAAAAUAAAAGUUCAAACUCUUUUCCCACUUGUUUAUCGUUAAAUGCAGUGGAUCGACA